AUGUCCAUUGCUUCCAUCCCUGCGAGACUUCGAGCGGAGGCCAGGUCAACAACAUCCCUGGACGAAGAUGAAACUGCCUUUUCACGGAUGAUAACGAAUGAGCUGUUGGAUAUAAAGAGCCCUAGGAUGUGGCGAGGGGCGGUGGCCGAGUUAAUUGGAACCGCCUUGUUGGCUAUAUUUACGAUUGGAAUAGGGAUGAAGAAGGACGGAGAGGAAGGACCAUCCUGGUCCAUGUUACAGGGAGCUAUAGGAACAGGCUUCUUCUUGGCAGCUUUGAUCUCAGCCCUAAGUAAUGUCAGUGGCGCCCACGUCAACCCGGCCAUCUCCAUUGGGUUUCUAUUUAUCGUCAACCUCACUGUUUUCAUCCUGCCCGGCAAGGAGAUCACAGUCUACGAGGCUCUGGGGGUGGAGAUCCUCACUACGUUCUUCUUGCUGUUUGUGACCUUAUCUUUGGUAGAUCCUGGUCGUGAUGAUCUGGCGGGGUCGGUUCCACUCAUGGUGGGUCUCACAGUGACAGUCAACAUCCUGUUUGGUGCCAAUAUCUCAGGCGCCUGCAUGAACCCAGCUAGAAGCUUUGGGCCGGCCAUGAUUUUGGGUGAUUUUGAGAAGAACUGGAUCUACUGGGCAGGACCAAUGGCAGGUGCAGUUCUAGGUUCUCUAACAUACGACUGGUUUUUCUCAUCAAAUCCAUUUGAAAUGAACAGUCUGAAGAAACUCACAGGGAAAGAUGAUGGCAGACAAAGUACUGGGGUAUUUGGAAUCAAAGAGAAUGACAAAGAUUUGAAUCUACAGAUAGAUGACGACAAUGAAGGCGAUGAUGAGGCAACUAGAAGUCUCCUGAAAGAAAAACUCCGCAGGGAGUACACAAAUGGGGUGGUCAGAGAAAGUGACAGAAGAGACAGUGCUGAAUUCCGCAGAGCUGCUGCGAAGGAGAGGUUCCAGAUGGGCAGUAUUAGUCAGAUAUCCAGUCGAGAAGAAAUAGCUGAGUCUAAUGAGAACAUAAACUUGGGGAAUCUUGAGAAUGCUCCAGAAAGUAAAGUUUAG